CACCAAAGGAGAUGCUGACUUUACACAGCACCAGGACGUUCCCCAGUUUUUUCGUCUUUUGAAGCCUCCAGUGAAAUGGUAGAGAUGUAAGGAAAGUGCUUGUCAGCUGUUUUCUGGGGACCACUGCAUUUCCUCCUGGCUGGUGUGGAGUGUAAGAUUAUGGCUCUGUAGCCCUCCCCCUUGUGAUUGGCCGUCACACUUUAGGCUCAACCCCCCCUGCUUUCCUCUCUCUUUCUCCCCUUCACUGUCCUCUGCUCCCCACACUGUCCUCAGGCAUACCUGAGGCACCGCUGCAGAAACACUGGACCCCCUCCUCCUCCUUCGUGCACAAACGUAUCCACACGCACACCCACGCUCUCUCUCUUCCACACACACAGUUUAUCACCUGGAGAGGGCAGGCGCAAGGGACGACAUGUGCAGCAGCAGCAGUAGCAGCAGCAGCAGUCUGUCCUCACAUCCAGCUCUGCCUCUCUGAGUUGUGUCUUUCUGGAGAGUGGAAGGGGGGGGGGGCAACUCUGAAUUUUUUGGAGCCAUUGUUGUCUCUCAGCGAAAGCAGGAGAGACUCGGGCUGUGGGGGAACACCUGCCAACCCCAGGGGACACCAAAGGCAACACAAACACACACAGCAUGAUUCUAGGAGGCAUUAAUCGGGCCGGGGCAGCAGUGCCGACAUUCCUGCGGACCCCCACGAUGAUCCAGCCCCACCUGGACAUGAAGCCCUUCCUACAGUUUUCUAUGGAAAGCCCACCUCCGCACAGCAUGAGUCUCUUCCACAACUUCAACACCAUGGACCCAGUCCAGAAGGCUGUGAUAAACCACACCUUCGGAGCGCCUCUGGUCAAGACCAAGCGGCCGGUCAUCUCCUGCAAUGUCUGCCAGAUCCGCUUCAACUCAGAGAGCCAGGCAGAGGCCCACUACAAGGGGAACCGCCACGCCAGGAGAGUUAAAGGCAUUGAGACGUCCAAGAGUCGCCCUCAGGAGGGGGACAAGCCUCAUGUCCUACCCCAGACCUCGCACCCGUCCCCACCUGGAGCCCCUGGCACUGCCCAGGACUGUGAGCCUGGCAAAGCAGAUGAAACACGACCUCUGUCGCAGAUAAGCGAGCCCCUUUUGGCUCAGGGGCCCCUUCCUUCACUAACCACCCCACCCAUUCCACCCAUGGACUCCCCUCUGCCAUCAGUAUGCCGACUUCUUCCAAACCAAACCCCUCCCCUAAUUCCCCCUACCUCCUCCUCCCCCGGCUGCAGCAGCGCUAGUUCAGACCAGCAGGGAUCUGGACCACCAGCUUCCGGAGCUGCAGCCCCUCCAGCCUCCAGCAGCCCAUCCAACCCGGAGACGGAGGAGGAUAAGGCCAAAAAGCUGCUCUACUGCUCAUUGUGCAAGGUGGCUGUCAAUUCACUCUCACAGCUGGAGGCCCACAACAAAGGUACUAAACACAAAACUAUCUUGGAGGCGCGAAGCGGGCUUGGUCCUAUCAAGGCAUAUCCUCGCCUGGGCCCAAAGCCUAGUGGAGAGCAGGGAGGGGGUCCCGUGGACCCCAACACUCAGGAACGAACCUUCCACUGUGAGAUCUGCAAUGUCCGAGUGAACUCUGAACUGCAACUCAAACAGCACAUAUCAAGCCGGCGGCACCGAGACGGCAUGGCAGGAAAGCCUAACCCCCUCCUCAGUCGACAUAAGAAGCACAGGGGAGCAGAUCUGACGUCUUCUUUGACCUUCUCCAAGGAUCUCACCAAAGCUUUGGGUGCAGGGCUGUUGCCCAACCCGCUGGCCGUUGCCGCAGCUAUGGCCGCAGCUGCUUCCUCGAACCCACUGGCUCUCCGCGCGGCUGCCCCCGGCCCUCACCCGCAUCCCCACCACCUCUUGCAAGGCCCGCCUCUCAGCCAUGCCAUCUUGAGACCUGCCCCUGGGCCCAUUCGCACCACCCAUGGGCCCAUCCUCUUCUCUCCAUACUGACACAUCAUCCUGUGACUUCAUCCAGUCAGAAACAUCCUCUCCAAAAGCACACUGUGAAGCUAGAAAGAAACAACAACAAACAGCAACUGAUAAGGGGGGAAACAUCCAGUAGUUUAAAUAUCUGAUAGAAUAGCGAGGGAAAGGAACAGUGGGAGGGAGUACAAGUAUUAUGUGUCUCUUUUUCCCUUUACGUGAAACUCUCCACUCACUCAUCCUCUUUUUCAAAGGACUUCUGAUGGCUCUGUAAAAUGAAUGGGUGAAGGAGAGAAUUCAUUAUGCAUCAUACUAUCUUGUACAUUUCCCAUUUCCCCUUGUCCUUCCCUUGCACUGUGGCCAAAAUACAACCAUGUCAAUAUAGAAAAAAACUACACAGACUGCGCAGACCUUUCUAAAAAUGUCAAACCAUGCAUAGUGUUAAAUUGUUAUUCUGGGACAGGGGGAUGUUUCUCCUGUUAUCACAGCUCAACUUCUUCUUGUCAUCCUAUGCACCUCAAAAACCAGGACAAUAAUGUUACAUCAGUAGGGUAGCUGCUUCCUUCGGUCUUUGCUGUAUCCACCACACGUAGCUGUGGUGCUCUCCACAAUACUGUACAACACCUGCUCUGCAGAAAGCAGCUCUUCCAUUUGUGACACUAGGUCCUCACUAGAUGCAACAUGACUUUGUCUGACAGGCAGGUGGUACUCGCACCCGAACACAUCGGACGAAGAAGGUUUGGGGAACUGUAGGGGAUCACACUCUAACCCCCUGUGCCUGGGAAGGUGAGGUGAGAGGAGGAUUGGUGCAGGUCAGUGGAUAGAUUGACCACAGGAAGCAUGCAAACACACACACAUACAUAUAGUCCAGAACAAAACUGCGUUUUAAAAUAGAUAGCACCAACUAACAUUGCUACAGGGCACGUCUGCCAGCUUUGAUAACAGUCAGAGAAGGACCUCAAAGAAGGCGAAAGGGGAGGGUGGCAACUGCAGGAGUCAAGCUUAUGAACAUACUGUACUGCUGUAUUAAACACAUGACAGUCCUAUACAUCUCAUAAUGCGUUCAAGUAAAGUAUGUGUUAUACAGGGGUUGGACAAUGAAACUGAAACACCUGGUUUUAGACCACAAUAAUUUAUUAGUAUGGUGUAGGGCCUCCUUUUGCGGCCAAUACAGCGUCAAUUCGUCUUGGGAAUGACAUAUACAA